UGUUAUCGUCAAUGUAACUGAAGACACGUUACCCCCUUUGCAAACUUACGCGAACGAAACUUUAUAAGUACGCCGCGCAUUUUUGUGUCGAGUCUUUCGUACGAGGUUUUCCUUGCGGCCACGGUAUGGAAUUACGCGUGUACCGGCUUUUUGUGACGUGCUAUCUGACUUGCAUUCUAUGCAGAAAUGUAGUUAGUGGAUCAACGCUUGCUGAAGUUUUCCCAUCGAUUAAUAAUGCUUCUCAACCGGAUACGAAAUUGUCUGAGACAGGCAAUACGCGAGCCGAGCAAUCAAUCGAGACGGAAACGAAACCAGAUGGGAUUACUUUGAAGGAUGAUUGGCCUAAGUCUGAAACUUCACGAGAAUCUCUAGUGCAGAAUCUGUCGGUGAAGACAAAAGUCUCGAACCAUUUUGAAAAAUGUUCUAGGUACUGUAUACAACAAUUGGGAAUUGUGUGUGUUGGCAAAGGUUUUGAAGAUAUUAAUCUUGAUCUGUCAUUUACCGGUCAAAACGGAGAUGAUCAUUUUUUAUUAGAAAAUAAUCCAAAUCUGAAAAUAUUAAGACAUUUUACCCAUAAUGAAAAUUCAGCAAUCUUAGACUAUUGCAAAAUCUAUCUUAGUCUGGAUUGUGAUAUCAUAAACAUGGGAAGAAAUUUAAUUCUCAAAAACGAUGAAUUUUAUUCGAAUUUAAAAUUUAAUCAACAAAACGUCGAGAUAUUAAAAAAUUAUUUUUCAAAUAACCCAGAAUUCUCGAAGCAAUUAGUGCAUAAAACUAAUUUAAGCGGAUAUACUGAAGCCAAUUUCCAAACUGAUACCAAUGUAACUGGAAUUGCAAUUAAUAUUUUGGGAAAUCUUACGCGUGCAGUUCUGACAAUACCUACGAACAGAACAGUACAGGGACCAGGAGUAGUGAUGUCAUUGGUAAGUACAUACAACACGAAAAGGGUAGCUAUCGGCGCGCGCAACCUUACGGGUAGAUGGUGCGUGAAGCUAACAGGGGUGGAAAAUUCAAAAUACAACUUCGACGUGAUUGCUUAUUACGGAACAAAUAAGAAAAAUAACGCACACUUGACAGAAGAUAUUAUCGACAAUAUUAAUUCCAUUAGCGAGAUCAAAAGAAAGAAUUUUGAUGAAGCAUUAGAUGACAAACAUAUCACACAAAACAAAGCAUCGAUUAUUGAAAAAACUCAAAAAAAUACUGCUAAUAAUACUGCCAAUUCACUUCUAAUAAAUUCUACGACACGUGGAAAGCGAAAAUUCGUAUUUGAAAGAUCAGUAGAAAUUAUGGCUCCAGGAAGAAAUAAUGAUGAAAUAAUGACACAUGAUUUUUCUGAUGUAUCAUUCUUCUCACGUGAACCUCCAGCAACAAUUGAUAAAAAUAUUAUGAAUCAUUUUGUUCUACGUAACAACUCCUUGAGUUACGGCGAAUUUAAAAUUUUACCAAAUGUGUCAAAUACGAAGAUAUUUAAUGGAAAAAUGACGCAACAGCAAAAAAUUCAAGCACGAUCAUCGGAAGUCGCGUCGUUAAACGAAGAUAUCGAUGAAAAGAUGAAAUCAUCCAUCAGUGAGAUAGCAUCGGUACAAAGCGAUCAAAGUCAACAAUUUUCAACGCAAAUUAAUGAGGAUCCUUUCGAAAGAAAAAAGAUACUGCUAGACGUAAAUCCCAAUAGCAAAUUAAUUGCCGCAUCAGGGACAACACACAGAAUAAUCUUUGAUGCUACGAAUAACUGUGUUCUUCCGGUUAGAUACGCAAUCCAAGCGAGAAGUUCACCAUUUAGGAUUUAUAAUAUCCAACCGCUGUACAUGUGGUUGUAUCCCGGACAAACAGAUCAAAUAGCUGUAGAUAUUAUUAUACCAACGGGAAGCCAAGAAACUGUCAAUACGCUUACAGUGCUUAUCGCUGGUACGCAAAUUUCUGAGAAAACUGUAAAUGUUUUAGUUCAAAAUGCAUUUUCCAAGAACAUUGAUAAUGUAAGACCCACAAUCGAGUAUUCGUUUAAUAGCAACUGUGCUGGUAAACUGGACAGAAACCGCUGCGAAAAGACACUUUGGAGCGCUGACAUCACUGUUCAAGAUUAUGAUUCAGGUUUGAAACGUGUUAUAGCAAUUCCGAAUGGAUUGUAUCCACGCACUAAAUAUAUAAGUGGCACGAAAGAUCGAGUCACUUUUUAUUAUUGGUCCACGUGCUGCACGCCCUCAGCAACAAUUACAGCGAUAGACAUAAUGGAAAACUCUUACACUCGUACCAUCGAUGUGACACAAUGGGACAAUCUAUCGCAAGGAGAAAUAGCAGCUAUCGUACUCGGCGCACUAUUUCUUCUAAUUCUCUUAAUACUACUCGUUGUUGCAAUAGUUUAUUGUUUUCGUAAAAGAAACAGCCACGAUCUACCUUACACACAAAGAUAUGGCUCUAGACAGCCGCCUGCUCGAGCUGAAAGAACAAGCUUCUAAGGAUAUUUAUAAGAAUCAACUGUAAUACAGUUAUUAUGAUCAACCAUAUCAUAGAAAUUGUACAUGAAACUUCCGAAAUAUUAUUCAGUGUGUACAUAAAUAAAGUAUUUAAUUAAUUCCUAAAUGUAAAUUGAUGUUAUAAGUAUUAUGGAAUGUGCUACAUAUGACUUGUCUAUGUGCAUCCAUACAUAAAAUAAAAAUCACAAGAUAUGA